CCUGAACACCCCCAAGGUCCCGUCUCGAGGGAAGAGCAUCUCCCUAGAUCUAUAUACGACGUAACACUGGUGAUAGCGAAAAUGGCGAGGAAUACAAUUUAUCUCCUAAUCCUCGCACUUGUUGGGCCAUACUUGUACGAUCGGUACCUCGCCUAUUGGCCCAUGGUCGCAAAUUUACCAAGUCGGAUGAAGCCUAUAUACACAUUUAGAUCUCACGAACUGAAAUUUCAAGACCGAAUAAGGAAUUGCGAGGAUGUUGUGCUGGACGAGGGCAUGGGGUUGGCGAUUCUGAGUUGCGAUGCGGGGAGAGAUAGGUGGAAUACUGUUAUGGCAUCUUUCCAUCCCGAAAAGGGUAUCAUAAGCGGUGGCCUCUAUCUCUAUGACUACUCAACCUCCAAUCUCCCAGAUUCAGACGCCCUAAAGCCGCUGACACUUAAAAACUUCGACACCACCGACUUCCACCCCCUAGGCAUAGACUUUGACGCCGCGACGUCCACACUCUACGUCGUCAACCACGCGCAAUCCGGCUCCGCAAUCGAAGUCUUCAACCUCUCUGUCAAAUCCGCAAUCGCGACCCACGUCCAGACUUUCAAGCACCAACUCUUGCACUCCCCAAAUGCCAUCCAAGUCCUAGGCAAAGGGAAAAUCUUGUUCACAAACGACCACUACAUCCGCGCCUCAUUGUCACCUUUCUUGUCUCAAGUCGAAACCUGGGGUGGGAUCCCGGGUGGCAGCGUGAUAUAUGUUGAUCUCGCGGACCCGCUGGCUGCAAAGACGGUUGCGUGGGUGCCGUUUGCAAAUGGUAUUGUGAUGUUGAAUCAAACCACCUUAGCGGUAGCCAGUAGUUCGAAGCCCGGGGUGCUAUUCUACACCGUGACGCCGCAGUAUGAUCUCCAGUACAAAGGCUUCAUCCGCACGCCUUCGACAGUCGAUAACAUCUCCGUCGACGGCAAAGGUAAGCUCUUGAUAGCCGGGCAUCCAUUCCCUCCUACGUUAUUCACAGUCGCGAAGAACCGUUGGCGGUGUGAUUUGGAGAGUGAGGAGGCGGAUGAGAAGGAGGCUUGUCGAUGUAAUGCGCCGAGUUGGACCGCGGAGUGGAGUGAGGGGGAUGGGCUUAGGGAUUUGUAUAAAGGGUUUGAGAUUUGUAGUAGUAGCAGUGUGGUUAGGGAUACGGGGAGGGGGGUGGGGAUUAUUAGUGGGCUGUAUGAGAGGGGGAUUAUGGUGUUUAAGGACUAG